AUGUCCGACCUGUCCGACCACACCACCAUGUCCACGAUGAAGGACGACGCGAUCCCGAUCCCCAACGGCCUCCUCUCGCACGAGGCGAUCAAGGACCACCCAGUCAUCCUCGAGCUACUCGAGGAACACGGUGGCAUCCCAGCGGAUGCCGAUGACGCCUGUCUGGAGAAAGUAGUAGAUUUUACCAAUGCGGUUGCGCACCACGGCGUCGACCCGCAACACAUGCGGCGGGGCAACCAGUCUCCUCGCCGCGCAGCCCGGGUGUUUAGGGCCGAGGUUCUGGGUCAUAGAGAACCAAGCGUCUCGCCCGAACGGCGCCAGUCCAUCACCCAGUCGCGCGAGCGCCGCGCUUCCCUCACGGAUCUGAACCGGCCUGUUGGCGACAGGCUCCCGACUAGAAGUAAAAGUAUUCGGGCGGCGCGAUCGCGGCCAUUUACCGUUACAGAGGAAGAGCGACCUCAGUUACCUGGGACGGGGGUACCGGGACGCCGCGAUCAAGCUGUUCCAGAGGUUCCGCUGGGGCCUGAUGCCGCCCGCGCACUGGAGAAUCGACUGAAUGCUUUCACGCAGCAGCAGCAUGUCGUGCAUGAACGCCUCAUGGCUGCUGUGUCUGUCCUCGAGACAGAGUAUGCCCAGAUCCAAGCUAGGAACACGAACCGCGUAAAUUAUUAUCUUGGGCAACCGCUUGUACAGGUGACGAAUGGGCAAAGUCCUGUUCCGAGCCACCUUCCUGUCCUCGACUCUGUCGAGACGAUUCAGACCCUCAGCGCGCGUGAUGUACGCGCCUGGCUCGCCUACUAUACUGGCCGGUCGCCGCAGCAGCUCCUCGACGCCGACCAGCAACGUACCCACGUCGACGCUGACUGGGUCAGCCAGGAUCUCCGCCGCGCUCUACGGGCCUGUACGGGCGUCGAGCCGGUUUUGAUGAUGUAG